CUGGUGAUGCGCUCGGGACCUGCUGUUUCUAGUGUGAAAGCCGGGCUGCGGGAAGGGGCGCAGAGUAGUUUCGAGGCCGAUAUUCUGCCCCAUAAAGGUGCAGGAGCGAGCUGGGGCCAGCCUGGUUCUGCAGCACAGGGUGGUGUCCCCACGGGCCCGGCCAUGGCACUGCGGUCUCCAUCCCCCAGGCUGAUCCUGUAUCCCCAGCCAUGCUCAGGGCUAAAUUGCAGCUGCACUUGGUGUCUUGGCUGGGGGUAAAAGCGGUGCUUUCUUUUAGUCCCUCCUGGAGUCGGUGACCCCAGAGAACACUAAAUGAGGGAAAGCUACAGUUGGGGUCUAAACUGCUUGACAAGCCCUUUCGCUUUUGUGUUCUGGUUGCAUUCCACCUCAGGGUAUGAACAAUGUUCUGAUGACUGAUGCAUUCCACAUGCUGUCAGGCCUGAUGUUACCAAAAUGUGCAACAGAUUAUAGUCUCGUUGGGAGAGAGAAAUCCUUGACUCCAAACCAGAGCAAUGGCUACCAUGGUGGCUAAGCGAGAAGGGCCUCAGUUCAUCAGCGAAGGAGCAGUCCGAGGGAAUGCAGCCAUUCUGGAUUAUUGCAGGACAUCCGUUUCUGCCUUGUCAGGAGCAACAGCAGGAAUUCUUGGCCUGACUGGCUUACAUGGCUUCAUCUUCUACUUCUUGGCUUCUGUCCUUCUCUCAGUGCUUUUGGUAUUAAAAGCUGGACGGCGGUGGAAUAAGUACUUUAAAUCCCGAAGGCCACUUUUCACUGGGGGGCUUAUCGGAGGCCUCUUCACGUAUGUCCUCUUCUGGACUUUCCUCUAUGGCAUGGUGCAUGUCUACUAAAAAUAGUAGUAACCACUUUAGCUGCAAUGGGUUUUAAUGAAAGGGGAGGACUGUUGCCAAAAACUCAUCUAAACAACUAUGCCAGCUUUUUAAAUUGUUGUUCACUGCUUGUAUUGUUAAGGCAGUCAGUAACUUAUGUCUGAGAACAAAAUUCUGUAGCAUUUGUCUAAGUAAAUUGAAUGUAAAAUGUCUUACGGAAAAGUCCCUUAAAUUGUUUCCCACGCUUUUAUAAGUAUCCUAUGAAUCGCUAAAAAUCGCCAUUUGUCCACCAUUCUUGGCUGGCUUUAUUCCUUUUACAUUCUGCAUCUGUAGGAUCAGAAAUAGCAGCUAUAUUUUACUGUGUGUUCCUACUGUCACCGUUUGCACCAGCGUACAAGCAUUGGUAAAGUAUUUUUAACCAUAAGCUUAAUGCAAUGAAAUCUGAAAGGCAACACUGACACAAAGUUAAUUUCACAGUAAUAUGUAAUUAAAUGUACAUGAAACUCUGGA